GCCAAUUCACUAGCAGCACAUGUACGAGCAGUACCCGCUUUGCCCGAUACCCAUCCUGGACCUGGUCAUAUGCCUUCCCUUCCAGUUCUACUUGAUCAGAAUCCAAUUGUCAAAAUCGCGCGCAACGUCUAGUAUGCUCUAUGUGCCCGAUCCCAACCGUCUGCUUACGUUCUGCAGCGCUAGAAGGUCCUGAAAUGCAGGCCCCAACAAUCG